AUGUCGCCCUCUCUUCUCUUUUUCUUCCUUUCGGGGCUGGCUUACGCAAGCGAAUCCGAAGCCACGCCCAAGCAAUUCAAGUUCACAGAAAACACACAUAUCUUUGGAGCAGACGGGCCAUGGCACGGCGUUGAAGUCUCGAUCGGCGACCAGCCAACUCUGAUGAUUCCAGGUCGCUCCUGGGAGAGCUAUGUCAUCACGACUGACUACUGCAAGGCGACCUCUGGAAGUGCAACCUGCGAAGUUGGCGCCUAUGACCCCUCGCGUUACGGAAAGACGGUACCGGAGCUUGAUCACGUAACCUUCUUCACGCAGAAUGCAACCCGUGGAAUAAAGACGACCGGAACCUCACGAAUGGUGUUCGACUCCGUCACUUUGGACGGCGUCGGAACCGUCCCCGACCACACCCUGGCGCUAAUCGAGAACGAGUCACAGAUGCUCGAAUACCCCAACGGGAAGCGCUAUCCCAUCAUGACUGGAUGCUUGAGUCUGGGUUCACUAGCAUCCAAGUCCAUAUUCUGGACUCCUGAUCAAAAACUCAUGGACGUCGAUGUUGGGAACAUGAUCGCCUAUUACCUCGCGGGAAAUGACGUGAUCCCUUCGGCAUCUUACGGUUUUCACUACGGUUCGGCCUUGCCUUCAAGCAAGAUCCCAGGCUCACUCAUCUUCGGUGGAUACGAUCGCAACAGGGUUAUUGGCAGAGUUGAUUCGCAGGGCUCCUAUAUCGAUGGUUCAUUUGUGCUCCGACGGCUAGCAGUCAACACCUUUGAAGGCAGCGCGCCCUUCGAGAUGACCGGCGUCCAGAUCAUCCCUGGCACGUACAAGUACAGCACAGACACCGGCAUUUCGGUCCGGCUUGAUGCCUGCAGUCCCUAUCUCACUCUUCCUUCAGAUGUGUGCAAAGGGAUCGCAUCUUAUCUCCCUAUCUAUCAUCAUGAAGGGCUGGAUCUCUGGCUGUGGAACACAAGUCAUCCGGGGUACAAAUUGAUUGUUGAGUCUGCGUCGGCGCUGACCUUCGACUUCGAUGCUGGUGAACGGGGGAAGUCAACUACGAUUCAUCUUCCUUUGAUGCAGCUCAAUCUCACAUUGGGGCCUCCCUUCACCGGUGAGAUUCCCGGUAUGGAGGGGAAGGAAGUGCCGUACUUCCCCUGCCACAGCAGUCCCGGGCAUUCAGGUGCAUGGGUACUUGGGAGACCAAUUUUCCAGUCCUUGUUCAUCGGGGCAAACUUUUUGACCAAGCAAUUGUGGCUUGCGCAGGCCCCGGGCCCGAAGAUCCCUUCAGAAUCAGAUAUCGUGAAAAUUGGCAGGUACGAUUAUGACAUUGAGUCAAGCAAGAUGAAAUGGACCGAUACGUGGAAUGCUGUCUGGAGGGGAUUGAGCCAGGACGAAGCCCUCAUCGCGCGAGGAUUGUAUGAACCGGAACGGCGGCCGUCAUCAUCGGCUGGUACAGGCAAUGGUGGAUCUGGAGGAGGAGGAGGUUCCCAAACCGGUUCCUCUGACUCUAACCGCUCGUCGGCGUCAACCAUUGUUGGGUCAAGGUUCGGAAAGUUUGUGAUGCUUGCCAGUAUGCUUGCGGUAGUAGCUCUCUAA